AUGUGCAAACUAUGUCAGAGAUUCAUUGAAGAUGGUCAACUAUGUGUGAACCAUAUCAGAGAUCCAUAUGAUAAUGGUCUACCAAUAAGAGAGGACUCAGUUACAAGCUCGGUGUUAAUCAUUUUGCUGAUUGGACUUGGGAGGAGUUCAAAAAUCAUAGACUUGGUGCUGCUCACUCUUAAGACACAUGCUAUGCUAAGGUGUUUGAUUAAAUUCCUCUUAGAACUAUCCUUUGAAUACAUUAAAUACAAUGGUGGCCUUGAGACAGAGGAAGCAUAUCCCUACACUGGAAGUAAUGAUCUCUGCAAAUUUACAUCUGAAAAUGUUGCUGUUAAAGUCCUUGGCUCUGUCAACAUCACCUUGCUAGAUGAAACAUAUGAUAUGCUAACUUCAAAGAGACCUUGUGGACCAAAUAAGAAAGCUGAUACUGGAGCUAUGUAUGAUCUGGCUAAGAAUGAUCUAUAG